AUGGCCCUCACGCGGUCGCGCGCGACGACGCCGGCCGUGGGGCUCCGUGCGCCGCACGCCAUGUCCGUCACGAUUCCGAUCCGUUUCCAGUGUCCGCUGUGUCUCGACGUGCUGCGGCGUCCGAUCCAGCUCCCGUGCUGCCAGCGCCAUUUGUGUCUCGAGUGCUUCAAGCGCGCGCUGGAGCUCACGAGCGUCAAUUGCGGUUUCUGUCGGCGCCGCGUCGUGGGCUUUGCCCGCACGAAACAGUACAAAGUCGACGACACGUUGUGGACAGCUAUUCAGACCACGUGUCCGUUCCUCGGGCGGGACGGCGACCGCGAGCCGCUCGUGGACUUUUUCGACGAAGACGCGCCGCCGCUGCACGCGGAUAGAAACGACGACGUUUCUAUCGUGGCGGCCGGCGACGUUUCUAUACCGGACCCAGCGACAACGCGCGAGCUCCAUGCGUUCUACGAACGUCCAGUGGAGGCACACGACGUGGAGCACCGGGCGCUGGAGCAGACGCUCGAGUUCCUGCAGCACGAUCUCGAGUUUACGGCCGCACUGGCGGCGACGUCGUCCACGUCGCCGUCGUCGCGGUCGUUGGACCGCUUACUGGCCGAGAAGAGCCACGAGUUUGAGCGAGGGACAGGUGGCCGACACCACGCGGCCACUGCAACGGGCACGAAGCGCGCGCGGACGCGGUCUGCUGGGACGGCAAGUGAUGCAAAGCAGCCGAAGUUGGACCGCUUUUUCGUGGCGUCCCACGCCCGCCGGGCUGGUCCUGCUGAACGUGUGGGAGGGGCAGUCAAGUGCGACGCGCAGGUGCACGGGGAGAUACCGGAGCCGAGUCGAACGUAUUUCCUCCGCAGUGCCUCGCACAGUCCGCCCGUGACGAAGAAGCGACGGCGACGACGGGUGGACCGAAGCAAGCCGCUGCUCCAGCUCACGCUCGAUCCGACACUGUCGUCGGUUGCAUUGCACACCCGCAGCCGCGACCCCCCACGUGCUCGCUCGGUCCAUUCGAAAGCGUUGGGGUCGAAGUGUCGAAUGCUCACGCGCCAACGCCGACGGCAAAGUGCUUGGAAGUGCGUGCAAUGUACCUACACGAACACGUGCUUUGACAAUCGAUGCCGCAUGUGCCGCAGCCUGUCUCGUCCAGAGGCAUCGUGA